ACGCCGCCACCAGUAAACGUGGUAUUAGGACAUGGAAUUGACUAGACUAGACAAAACACUAGUCACUUCCCGUUUUCAGACAAACCACCAAGCGCUAAUCAAGAAAUUAGAACAAAGCCCAGCUGCCCCCUGUUUUCUUAUCUUCCAGAUUUUUAUAUAGUAAUAGACUACAACCACCCCAUCAAUUAUUAUUAACAGGGAGAGAUAGGGAGAGAUUGAAAGAGAGAAAGAGAGAGAUUGAGAGAGAGAGAGAGAGAUUGAGUGGGGCUUGCUGCAUCUUCAAGAAAAAAAGAGGGUCGGUGUUGUUUAGCUCUUGUUUGGUGUUGCUGUAAAUUGUAAUAAGUAUUCUGCUGUUUUCGUUUGUAUUAGCUAAGAUAGUAAGAUGUCGAACAUUGAUAUCGAGGGAAUUCUGAAGGAGCUUCCAAAUGAUGGCCGUGUUCCAAAGACCAAAAUUGUCUGUACUCUUGGCCCGGCUUCUCGUUCUGUACUAAUGAUUGAGAAGCUUUUGAAGGCGGGAAUGAAUGUUGCUAGAUUUAAUUUCUCUCAUGGGACUCAUGAGUACCAUCAGGAAACAUUGGACAAUCUCCGGAUUGGAAUGCAGAAUACUCAGAUCAUGUGUGCCGUGAUGCUCGAUACAAAGGGACCUGAGAUUCGUACUGGUUUUCUAAAAGAUGGAAAGCCUAUCCAGCUGAAGGAAGGUCGUGAAAUCACUAUAAGCACAGAUUACGACAUAAAGGGUGAUGAAGAGACUAUUUCCAUGAGCUACAAAAAAUUACCUGUGGAUAUCAAGCCUGGAAAUACGAUACUAUGUGCAGAUGGUACCAUUACUCUCACUGUCUUGUCAUGUGACCCAGCUGGUGGAACUGUCAGAUGCCGUUGUGAAAACACUGCUAUGCUAGGUGAGAGGAAGAAUGUGAAUCUUCCUGGUGUUGUUGUGGAUCUCCCAACACUGACAGAAAAGGACAAGGAAGACAUUUUGCUUUGGGGUGUUCCAAACAAGAUUGAUAUGAUUGCACUCUCAUUUGUUCGCAAGGGUUCAGACCUUGUUAAUGUCCGUAAAGUCCUUGGGCACCAUGCAAAAACUAUUCAGUUGAUGUCAAAGGUUGAGAAUCAGGAGGGAGUUAUCAACUUCGAUGAAAUCUUGCGUGAGACAGACUCAUUUAUGGUUGCUCGUGGUGAUCUUGGAAUGGAAAUCCCAGUUGAGAAGAUAUUCUUGGCACAGAAAAUGAUGAUUUACAAGUGUAAUCUUGCUGGCAAGCCUGUGGUAACUGCGACUCAGAUGCUUGAAUCUAUGAUCAAGUCUCCACGUCCCACACGUGCCGAGGCCACUGAUGUUGCUAAUGCUGUCUUGGACGGGACUGACUGUGUCAUGCUCAGUGGGGAGAGUGCAGCUGGGGCAUAUCCUGAAAUUGCUGUGAGAACUAUGGCUCGAAUUUGUAUUGAGGCAGAGUCCUCGCUUGAUUAUGGAUCUGUAUUCAAGGAAAUGAUAAAGGCAACACCUUUACCAAUGAGCCCACUGGAGAGUCUUGCAUCUUCUGCUGUCCGAGCAGCCAACAAGGCGAGAGCAAAACUCAUUGUUGUCCUGACUCGCGGUGGAACUACCGCAAAGCUAGUUGCCAAAUACAGGCCAGCAGUCCCAAUUCUCUCAGUUGUCGUCCCAGUUCUGACAACAGACUCCUUUGAUUGGACCUGCAGUGAUGAAAGCCCAGCAAGGCACAGCCUGAUAUACAGAGGCCUGAUCCCAAUUCUCGCAGAAGGAUCUGCAAAGGCUACAGAUGCAGAAUCAACUGAGGUGAUCCUUCAAGCUGCUCUGAAAUCAGCAACAAAGAAAGGAUUGUGUGUGCCUGGCGAUGCUGCUGUGGUGCUUCAUCGAAUCGGAUCUGCUUCCGUCAUCAAGAUAUGCGUAGUGCCGUAAUUAAGCGCUUAAGGCGAGUAAACCCUGUUGGUUCUGCGAUUUUGUUUAUGAUUUUUUUUAUGUCUUGACAAUCUUUAUCUAGUCUCAGUAAUCAGUAUGUUAUGUGCAACUAUGUCCAACACUAAUACACUUGUUUGUGUAGCUAGAAAAUCUUGUGGAUGUUUCUCGA